AUGGCAGAGACAGGUCUUCCUCCUGGCUGGGAGGUUCGCCAUUCUAACUCGAAAAACCUACCUUACUAUUUCAAUCCCAUACUCAAAGAAUCCCGAUGGGAACCUCCUGCAAAUACGGACACGGAGAAGCUCAAGAUUUACAUGGCUCACCACCACACUCCUACCGCAAUUCGUCCUGAUUUUCCGAGACAGAAGGAGGGCCAGAUUCGUUGCAGUCAUCUCCUGGUGAAGCAUAGGGAUAGUAGAAGACCCAGCAGCUGGAGACAGGCGGAGAUCACUCGGUCCAAGGAGGAGGCGAUUGAUAUACUGCGUGGUUAUGAGAAGCGCAUUAAGUCUGGUGAAAUAAGCCUGGGAGAUAUUGCCAUGUCUGAGUCAGAUUGCAGCAGUGCCAGGAAGAAGGGUGAUCUAGGUUUCUUUGGACGCGGAGAUAUGCAAAGGGAAUUUGAGGAAGCAGCUUUUGCCCUGCAACCUGGACAAGUUAGCGGUAUUGUCGAGUCUGCGUCAGGUGUUCAUCUCAUUGAACGAGUGGCAUAA